CUGAUCGUAGAGCGUCAGUCGGGGUUUCCCGUCAGAUUUACCCCCUGUUAACGGAGUUGCGCAUCUGUGUACAGCAGACCAGAGAGGACUUUGAACUUCUUAGCACUUACUUUUCAAUAAUCUCGAGUCUAGACCGACAUAGGACGCGCAGAAACGGUAAUUUAAAGCAACUCGCGUGCAGUAAACAGCAAGUUUGAUUAGCGCUACGCUAGGGCGAAGUUCUUCUCUUUUAGCCGCUACCGAAAACAACUAGCUGGUUAACUUUCGUUUUCAGCGAUACAUUCUCGGUUGUCUUUAAGAUAUCUGUCGCACUAUAACCGUUUACUCAUUCGUUGUGUUGCUUUUAAACAACCGAGCACCUCUGGAGAAAUGUCCACCCUGCCCGUGAGCAGACCGGAGGAGGGCAGAUCGGACGUGGCCUCUCCACCGAAAAGCAUCAGUUCAGCACCGUACGAGCAUCCUCAGACGGUCUACGUCAUAUUGAACUCAAACGCUGAAUCUGUCAAUCUCAUCAGCGUUGAACCUCUUCUGCCCGAGUCGGGAAUCGUGGCAGACAUCGAGGUGGACAGCGUGUUUACCGCUGAUUCAGACAGUUUCUACGAGCUGAAGAGUCAGCCUAUUACCUCAAGUGGCUCUUUGACCUCUGCUGACUCCGUGACCCCCGUGAUGACGUCACGCGUGUUGAUGAGGCAGGAGCUGAUGCGUCAGCAGGCUCAGGACCAGGAGCGACGCGAGGCUCAAAAACAGGCCUCCAGCGCUCAGCUGCGUCUCGCCGACGCCACCCCUGCCAUCUCUGUUGCCUCCAACCUGCCUGCCACACCUGCCCAGGUGCCCGUGGAAGUGCUGAAGGUUCAGACCCAUUUAGAAAACCCAACAAAGUACCACAUCCAGCAGGCUCAGAGACAGCAAGUGAAGCAGUACCUCUCUCACACCCUGGGAAAUAAAUUAGCCAGUCAGACGGUGGCGACAUCACCCUCGCCCCAGCCUAGCUCCGCCCCAGCCGCUGCCAACAGCACUCCCAGCAGCCCGCUGGCUGUGCUUAGUCUGGGAUCGAACAAAGAAGAGAUCGAGGACGUCAUCGAUGACAUCAUCAGCCUGGAGUCGAGUUUAAACGACGAAUUUAUGACAUUGAUCGACUCGCAGCUUCCCAACACGCUGCCAGUCUCAGGGAAUCUCCUGGAUGUGUACAGCAGUGCAGGGAUGGCAGCGCCAACGAUCACCGUCAGCAACUCCUGCCCAGCAAACCUGCACAAUGUCAAGCGAGAGCUGAGCGAUGCUGAUGCAAAAGCUUUUAUGAAAGAAAGGCAGAAGAAAGAAAACCACAACUUCAAUGCUGAAGCAAAAGCUAUUAUGAAAGAAAGGCAGAAGAAAGACAACCACAACCUCAUCGAGAGAAGGAGAAGAUUCAACAUCAAUGACCGCAUUAAGGAACUUGGCGCUCUCAUACCGAAGUCGUCUGACCCUGAGAUGCGCUGGAAUAAGGGAACCAUCCUUAAGGCUUCGGUCGACUACAUCCGAAAACUUCAGAAGGAGCAACAUAGAGCCAAAGAGAUGGAGAUGAGACAGAAGAAGCUGGAGCACGCUAACCGCAGCCUGCUGCUGCGCAUUCAGGAGCUAGAGAUGCAAGCUCGUCUCCACGGCAUCCAGUCAUCCCAGAGCUCAGGUCCUGCCCUCGCCCAGCAGCAGACUUUAACUCUGGACCCCAAUCCCAGCAAUGACCUUCUCUCCAAAACCCUCCUUUCUCUUAAUGGGGCAGGGUUCAACCAUAUCACUCCCUCCUCGUUCUUGUCUCCGCCCUCUUCGACUUCCUCUGCGGGCGGGGCGGUCGCCAGCCCUCUGGACCUCGCCACGCUCAGCUUUGGCGAGUUAGAUGACCCCACUUCCUCUGUGUUUAACCCCGCCCUCAUGGCAGAAAUCGGCUUGGGGGAUAUUCUGAUGGAUGACAGUGACGCUCUUUCACCUGUAGGGGGCGCCGAUCCCCUUCUCUCCUCUGUGUCACCGGGAGCCUCCAAAACCAGCAGUCGUAGAAGCAGUUUCAGCAUGGAAGAAGAUUUGUGACAUCCUUAACCCGGACACAGAUUAGUUUGGUGGAAAUUUAAAUAGCUAGAGCUGCUAUGCAACCCAGCGUCUCCAUUCCUGCUUGCGCACUCCAACGAUGGCCAGUAGAGGGCAGCGUAAUGCCAAGGUCAUUUAUUAAUCAUCGUACUGUAGACGUAUUGUUAACAGAAAGCAAGUACCAUCAGCAUUUGAUCCACAACAGAGAGGACAGACGUGAACUUUGACAUUUGGACAGGACCUCUGAUGGAUAUGUAACAGAAUAUAUGUACAUACAGUAGAGACUUAGUGCUGAAUUUAUGUUUUUAUUAUGCAGUUGUAGGAAAAGUAUCAAGCACUAUAAUCAUUUUUCAGAAAGUGACGAAAAUUCAUCAUGGUUUUUAGAUGAUUUCUUCAUCUAUUUAAGUCGGUGUAGUCCAAAAGUCUGAGACUGACAUCAACGUGAAAAUCUGGAACUAAAGUUCAGGACUUUGAGAAGGUGACGUUUAUAGACACUUAUCAAAUAAAAACAAAUUUGUGACAUUGACCUUCAGCACGAGCUGUCAUUAAACACAAAAUACUAAGAAAAUGAAAGUAAAUAAAAUUUUCUCAUUUUUUAAACUAAUUAGAAAAUACAAAUUUUGCUGGUCUUAGACUUGUGGUCCUCACUGCAUGUCAUUGUUUUGGUAGCUCGUCAGAUAUUGAAAGGGACAGUUUUUAUUUUUAUUGUAAGAACGUCUUCGUUCGGUGCUCGUACAUCCAGGUGUUUGUUCAGCGCGGCAGUAAACUUUUAUGUUUACUGUAAAGCUUUUAUGUCCUCCGGAAAGCCAAGAACUUCCUCUUCACCUUUUCUUCCAUUUCCUGUUUUAAUAUUCUCUCUUCCAUGUCGAAUAUUAUAGGGACGGUUAAAGCUUAAACAUUUUAUCAGGGUUGCAUCUCUAAAGCAUACCUGCUAUAAAAAUUAACAAAAUAUUUGGCAACCUAGAACCAUUACAUCUACUCGCAUGUCUCUGGCCCUCAAUAUUUGAAUACCACAAAUCUGUAAUUUGUGUUUAUACUGCGUGUUGACCCCAACCAUUCAGAUCACUAGUACUGAAUUAUCUAUGCAAGUUUUUUCCUAACGAAGUAAAUGUAUUAUGGCAAUCCAACACAUCUGACUUCUUAUCAGUUUAAUACUUUCAAAUACUCUCUUGUAUUGAUCUAGCAGCUCAUUAAUAUUCAUGAGAUGAUUGUUUUCACACAGUCUCAUAAACAUUUGAAUCAAAAGCCACAAUAGAAGUAAAUAAGGAAAUUUCUUCCUUGUAAUGAAGCUUUAAAAUUUUAUUUUGGUUAAUGCUUUUAAGUAGGGCUGCAACAACUAAUCGGUUAAAAUUGAUAAUGAAAUUUGUUGUAUUGAUUAGUUGGUCUGUGACGUCACUGUUCGCUUAUAAUAAAAGUCAGGCACGUUUUCUUCAUACAACGCAAGUUUCACGUUUACCAGGCGCUGCUUCUUCUCACUGCUUGUUUAAAAGCAAGGCAGUGUUGCCAGGUCCUCGAUUCUAAAUCGGGCUACUUUUAAACUGUUUCUGCAGGUUGAUGUUUUUCUGCGGGUUAGAGAUGAAGGAUUUGGUUUAUUAGUUGUUGGUGUUUGGGCUUGGAAUGCCUUUUGAAAUAAUUUUGGAGUGGUUUGGUAAUGCGGAUCUGGCAACCCUGACAGGAAAAUAACGGAGGUAAAAGCGCACGAACGGUGGUUCUUUUAUUUAUUGUUACAACGCAUGUAUAUCACAAUUUUUAUAUCAUAAUGGCUUAUUUCUUUUGUUAAUAACUAGAGAUGCACCGAUAUUAAAAAAAAUGACUGAUAGCUGAUUAUUCAGAGUGAUUAUAUCUGCCGACACCGAUAGUUUGUGGUUGUAACAACUUGCAUAUAAACUAAAUUCUGAAGAUUACAUUUUCUGAAUGUUAUUUAUUCUUAUAAUGACUAUUAAUAUUUAACAUUAAACUAAUGAUGUUUCUUUACAUUUUCUAUUACAGAGAGAUCAAAUUUAAUGAAUUUUCCUGUUUUCUUUUGAUUGGCAGGAUAUAUCGGCUGUUUUCAGCCAAUAAAGAGAAUUUUAUCAUCUGAUACUGAUUAUUGGCCGAUAUAUCGGUGCAUCUUUAUUAAUAACAAAUAAUGUUAAUUCUCAUCAAGGUCUAAAGUUAAAGAGAUUAAAAUGAAUUUAUUAAUCUUUGGCAAAAUUUUCUCACCAGCACAUCCCUGAAGACUCAAUACAUUUCUGUUUUGACAUUUAAAGAUGUUUUACUAUUUAAAAGCUGCAAAAACGUUUUUAUUUAAGGCUUAAAAUAUCAAAAAGAUGAUAUUAGUAAAACUCUAUGGUAGUGUUUGGAUUUGCACUUUUAAAAGUCUACAUCUACACGUGAAUAUCCUAAUUUAGUGCCUUUAUUUAGCUAUAAUAAAUAUUAUUUACAUUUUUAUCCGAUUAGUCGAUUCAUCAAAAAACGAAUCGUCCGAUUAAUCGAUACAAAUAAUGGCUGGUUGCAGCCCUACUUUUAAGUAGUUUUAGAUUAGUUGUGUUUAUAUGACAAACUAAAACACAUUUGUGUGUGUGUGUUUGUUAGCAAUAGCAAACAUCCCUUAAACGGGUCUAGUUAUGCUAAAUCUAUGCCAUAUGUUGGAAUGUGCUGGUAGAUAAUGUAUAUAAUAAUGUAUAUUAAAUAUAUGCCUGUAACUAACAUGUGUUUAGAAGAUUUUUAUUUUAUUUUCGACCCUGUACAGCACUAUAGAUGAAUUUAUGAAACUUGUGCUUAACAUGACACAAAAUAUAUUUUCAUGGCUAUAUUUGCAAAAGAUGUAUAAAUAUUUCAAAAUGUCCUCCGCCGUGACAGAAGAAGAAAAUCAAAUUACUUUUCUAGUAAAAAUGAGCCAACGCAUGAUCAUAAUCAGCAUAUUUAAUCAAUACGCAUCGUUCCUCUUAGAUCUAUGCAAUGUCAGUAUCUCAUGCUUGUGUGUGUGUGUGUUGCUGGUUUUGUCGUCUUAUUAAUGCUCAUUUGUGUGUUCACUGCAGGCCUACAGCUGCCUUGUGAAUCUGUAUUCAGAUGCUGCCUGAAUUGUAGCAAAUCUCUGUCAUCUCUUUGCUAUUUCCAACUAAAUGACAUCUCGUAUGAGUUGUAUUUUGUAUAUAGGUCUUCUUGCACACCCAGCAAUGAGAUUGAGGUGUUGUUGUGCAGUUUUUGCCUGUCGUCUUGAGUUGUGUGCUCAGUGCUGUCUAUAGCGUUAUCUAAACAACAAUCAAAGCUUUUACGAUACACUGUAUAUCUGUACCGCAAUGUUUACAUUCAUCUCAUGAAUAUAUUAACUUGAUUAUAUCCUGUAGAGAUCCAGGCAGAAACGUGUUGGCUGUUCUGUAUUUCAAUAUUUGUGGAUGCAUAUUCCUGUAUUUUUAACCCUGAGUUACACAGAUUGCCGUCUUGUGAACUCUGUUAGGGUUUUUAUUUUUUACUUUUUAGGGAAAUGUAUAAAUAAAGUUGUAAAACAGA